AUGUACAAUAUUAUACCAUUUAUUCAACUACAUUCAAUUAGUGUUUUUGAUAUUUCAGCGAUUAAACAUACUGAAAACAUUAUUCCUUUAAAAGAACACAAUUUUAAUUCAACCGACAAUAAUGUAACUAACAUAAAUUCUACUACACAACCAAAUGAAACUAACAAUCAAUUCACUUCUGAAACACAAGAAAAUCAACACUUCGAAUUUCAAUAUUCAAUUUGUGCAAAAAAGAUUCUAGAUACAAUUAAAAGUUCAAAGCAUCCUUUAGGUUGUAGUAUGUGUGAAUUGUCAGCAUGUUUACGACAACAUGAACAAAUAGAUCCAGAAUUAUUUCGAUCUGAACUUGAUAAAUUGAUUGAUAUGAAAAUUGUACAAUAUGUUUCUAACACACCACCAAGGUGA